AAUAGUCCAUGUUCAAAUACCUCGCUACGUCAUUUCCUCCUGCUUUGUGCCUCACUUGACGGUCUCCUUUGCGUGUGGCAGUGCUCCAUUCAAACGCUGGAACGGCAUCGAAAUGGCUGCCCAGGACGUGAGACUCAAUCAUACCAUCUACAUCAACAAUUUGAAUGAGAAGAUAAAAAAAGAUGAGCUGAAGAAGUCAUUGUAUGCCAUCUUCUCCCAGUUUGGGCAGAUUCUGGACAUUUUGGUCUCCCGUUGUGUCAAACUGAGGGGUCAAGCCUUUGUUAUUUUCAAGGAAAUUAACAGUGCCUCCAAUGCUCUGCGCUCUAUGCAGGGCUUCCCCUUCUAUGAUAAACCUAUGCGUAUACAGUAUUCCAAGAUAGACUCCGAUAUCAUAGCAAAGAUGAAGGGAACGUUUGUGGAGCGCGACCGCAAGAAGAAGGAGAAAAAGCCCAAACUCGCAGAGGUCGUUGGAGGGAAAAAGGGAGUCCCUGCUGCUGCUAUUGGCCCUGGAGUUCCUGCCGCUAUGCCUGGUAUGCCACCGAUGAGCCAGGCUCCCAGGAUGAUGCCAAUGCCAGGACAGCCUCCUUACAUGCCACCUCCUGGUAUGAUGCCUCCCCCUGGCAUGGGCCCUGGGCAGAUGCCCCCUGGUGCUAUGCCCCCUGGUCAGAUGAUGCCUGGACAAAUGCCAGGCCAGAUGCCCCAUGCCCAGGCAGUAUCAGAAAACCCUCCCAAUCAUAUCCUUUUCCUUACCAACCUCCCAGAAGAGACGAACGAGCUUAUGUUGUCCAUGCUCUUCAACCAGUUCCCUGGAUUCAAAGAAGUGCGUCUGGUUCCCGGGCGCCACGACAUCGCCUUCGUGGAGUUUGAUAAUGAGGUUCAGGCAGGUGCCGCUAGAGAGGCCCUGCAGGGCUUUAAGAUCACACAGACCAAUGCAAUGAAGAUCUCCUUUGCCAAGAAAUAGAUUUGGCACAAACAAAUGUAUUACCCCCCCCCCCCCCCCCAAUCCUCAUCAAGCAAGCAAGCAGACAGUAGGCAGGCCCACAAGAACUCCCUGCUGCUACAACCAAUAGCACAUUGAUCCUUCAAAGGAAUAUUUAAAAAGUGAACACUUUCUUUAUAUUCAUUUAGUCCAUCAUCUCUGUGCUCUACUGGUUUGAUUCAAAGAUUCAAAUGAGACUGGAAUGGCCUACGAGGACGCUUCUGAGACUGGGGUGUUUGUAGGUACACGUAGAACCGGUCAAAUUAGUUUCUCCUCAAUAUACCCUGUAUAAUACCAUGUACAAUUCUGCCACAGUCAUAUAGUGGAUAGGCUUAGCAGGUGGUGACUGGUAUUGACCAGUUCAUUUUUUAAAGCGGUCAGCUUCUUGGUCUCGUCUUUACAGCAUGAAGAGCAGCAUCUAUGGUGUGGUUUGUAAGUACAUAUUUCUUUUAGGUUUUUAUACUUGAUUCCUUUUAUGUUGUCUACAAGCAUUGCACCCAGAGUCUGGUUCGCCAGACAUUGUACCUGGAGCUUUUCUGUUUUUUAAUUAAAGAUAUUUUUUCUUUUUUAA